GAUAGAUCUAGCGGGACCAGUUUCCUUAGUCCAGUUAAUCUGGCUUCUUUAAACGGGUCGAAUAGUUUUUACGAUUUAACUUAAAUCAUCUACGUUCAUGUUUUGAUCUGUGAAGGACGAGUUUACUCUUUUAACUGAUCGAAAUGAACUCAUUUUUAAGGGAACGUGUCUCAGGGAAUUUGUCCUUUCCAUCUGUUACACCCAUACCAAUGGCUUCGGAUGAACCCAACACGAGUUGUCGUUUCAAUGAGGAGUUCAAAUAUAUCUUGCUACCUGUAUCAUACUCACUGGUGUGUUUUCUGGGACUGUUACUUAACUCCGUGGCUCUGUGGAUGUUUAUUACUAAGAUGCGGCCUUGGAACACCAGUACGGUGUAUAUGUUUCACCUGGCCCUGUCAGACACACUGUACGUGCUCUCCCUGCCUUUGCUCAUAUACUACUACGCGAACCGCAGUCACUGGCCGUUUGGUGUUUUCCUUUGUAAGGUUGCACGCUUUCUUUUCUAUGCGAACUUGUACUGCAGCAUCCUUUUCCUCACUUGCAUCAGUGUGCACCGUUACCUUGGCAUCUGUCACCCUAUUCGUUCUCUCACACUGGUGAAGCCACGCCAUGCCCACCUGGUUUGUGUUGCGGUCUGGACAGCGGUGAUAAUCUGCCUGGUGCCCAAGCUGAUAUUCGUCACCACUUCUCAAAGAGAUAACGACACUUUGUGUCACGACACAAGCAGCCCGGAAAACUUUAACAACUAUGUUACAUAUAACUCAGUGUUAAUGGUGAUACUGUUCAUUGUGCCCUUUCUGGUCAUUAUGGUUUGCUAUUAUCUAAUGGCACGGGCCCUUUGCCAACCAAGAAAAGGCCUUUCUCAAAGUCAACAGAGUGCCUCAAGCCGCAGGAAGUCCAUUAAACUGAUCAUAGUGGUGCUGGUCGUAUUUGCGAUCUGCUUUGUACCCUUUCACAUCACCCGCUCGAUGUACUAUGCUUACCGUGUUUUAGACGCUGACUGCAAGUCUCUUAAUAUCGUCAACUUUGCUUAUAAAAUCACCCGUCCCCUUGCCAGCAUAAACAGCUGUUUGGACCCCAUUCUCUAUUUCCUGGCGGGCGAUCACUACCGUUCUAAACUCAUCCGAGCGUUCACGAGACAGACACCCCAAAGCCGCUCCACUCCGUACGUGCACUCACCUCCCAAGAAAAACAUUGAAUUAGCCUUUAAAAACCCAGAUGCUAAAGCCAGUGAAGAUACUAAACUUUAGUGCUAAACUCCCAGACAUGGAUUUUGGAAAAAUGUGAAAGCACUGUUGGGGGUCUGCUUCAAAAUCUAAACACAUCACAGGACUCGUGUGUUUUUUGUCAGGGGGCAAAUAUCAAGCCACAGAGACGAACAUCUGAAAUAAGUCAGGACACCAUAUUGUAAACACAUCAGUGUGGAUGAAAGUAAAGAAAUCUCUUUGGGACGUGGAAGGGAUGUGGUUUGGUUUUCCUGUGCAAAGUUGUUUUUAUCACUGAACCAGUAAUGCAGUGGGAAGUGCAGGUCAUUUCUAAAAUAACUGAUGACCAAUUACUCCUGUAUUUACUAAGUUUGAUGAAAUGAUAAGGUACCGCAAACACCAAAAACAAUACCUGGUUCAAAUCUCAGAGAUGGACUUUGGCCUGUGACUGUUUGGACAAGAAUGCCAACACAGUGCAUGUUUUGUGUUCUGUUAUGUCUAAAACUGUUAAAUCACAACCUCAGUUUUAUGGUAUUUCAUCAAAACUAUUUCAUCAUCUAUAUUGUUUUAUUAAAAAAUGUAAAUUGAACGGAAUAGUUUAAACUGGAAAAAGUGACAAGGUAAAUGCCUGUAGGGGUGACUGGAAAGUUUACCAGCACAGUUCUGCAGAUAUCCCCUCUUGACCACUUCCUUUGUACAACUGUUUUUUGCAUUUGGCAGAGGAGCUGUACAGCUGUGUGGCUUUACAUGUCUCUGUGUUAGUAACUGCAUUAUGGUGGAGUUGAAUGAAGAAAAAUAAUAAAUGAAAUCAGAUCCCUUUUGGCAUACAGUGCAGUGCAGAAGGAUUUUCUUGACAUAACAUCUGUGGGAUCAUUUGUGAGCGUGUAUUUUUUAUUUUAAGAAAUAUUAUUUUACAUGUAAUAUUAAAGUGAUAUUAAUUGUUCUAUAACACAGGGCCAUAGUUUGUAAGUCUUUAACAACUUCAUUUACAUUGCCCACUUGGUCCGAACGUUGUAUUUCGUGGCAGUGGGGUUUCUAUGUAUUUUCAGUCUAUCAGGGCUCUUUCAGAAACCAUGUCACAAUGACAACAACAAUUUACUUAUAUAGCACAAUUAUUAUGUUUGUUGACCAAUGUGCUUUCAAGAAAAUCAUCAUUGUUUAUGACUUUUAUUAUGUCUCUUGUGCAAUAUUUUUAUUUGCAAAAAAUGCAGCUCAACAAUGUUUAUUAUUUUAUAGUAUAUUUUCAAUGUAUUAUUGACUAUUCAAUACAAUAUUCAUCCUUAAAGCCUUCCCACUACAUUAAAGAAAAUAUUUAGAGUAUUUGAGCUAUUUUAAACAUGCAACUUGAUAAAAAAACAAUUUUUUCUGUGUUGUGAAGCACAGGGUCUCUCAGGGGGAAAGCUCAUAAUUUUGGUCAGUAGAUGUCCUCAGUGCUGUUUUUACAUCAUCUAAAUGAGCUCUGCCUGAAGGGGUUGACUAUGAUAAAUAUACCUGUUGGCUGCUUUUGUCAAGUGGGAAGAAAAGAUGGGUUGUUGAGGUCAUGGAUAGUUUAAGAUAAACGUGAGACAACGUUAUUGUAAGAUUUUCCAUCUUUUUUUUCAAACAGAUCAAUCAAAUAAUUCCAAAUGUUUUGAAACAAAAGAAGUCAAGGCCUGGACACUGAUAUACUGUAUAGAAUAAAAUAAUAUAACCAAAA